AUGGCCGAACACAUGAACACCAAACUUGUCUCCCAGUUUACUGAGGAUGUGUAUGCUACAGAGGACCGAAUCUGUGAGCGUCCAUCUUGCGGUAUUCAAAUCAGGGCAGGUGAGCCUUGCUUGUACAUUGCUACCAUCAAUCCUGGACAAGUAGGUUGGCAUGUCUGUGCCGCUUGCUAUGCAAGAUAUGAAAAUAAAAGAGCAACAUCAAGGAGACCUACUGCAUCUUCCUAUCACACUAUUCCCAAUCCUCAUAUAAUUUGGCAAUCUGUGAAUGCUGCACAAAGAAAAUCCAGCGUCAAUCCACCUCCCGUGGUCACAGUGUCUGACUGGACCAAUGCCUCUAUGGGCCCACCGCCUAUGUCUCACCGUCCACAUUGCACCUCAGGCCCUAGUGUUGCCAUUCCUACCUCUUGGCAGGGCUCAGCAGCAUUGGCUGCUCCAUCAAAGCUUGCAGGACCUGUUGGUUAUUCGUCACACCAUGGCAUGUAUGCCACCGAGCAUCAGCGAUGGGCAAAGGCCGCAUAUUCAACUCCCAUUGCUAUUGCUGACACCAUCUCCCUUGAGAUUUCCACUAUUCAUGAAACAGGUGGCCAUAAGGAAAGAAGUGUUAUUGCAAAUAUUUGUGAGGGUAAAAAGGAUAUAGAUGCCCACAUCGAUGCCCCAGAUCUCAUGAGACUGGCUUUAGACACAGUAUUACCUAAACUACGUGCAUUCGGUGACACAUUUGCAUGGUGUGACGAGGAGUUCACUGUGCGAGACUCCGCAUGGGUGGACCUCUCAACUCAUCCACCAUUCGAACCAUACUUCCUCUUGCAGUGCAUGCAGCCAGCAUGA